AUGAGGCAUCCGACACUGCUCAAAUUCGUUGACGGUGUCGAAACUGAAAAGGAAAUCUACAUUGCUACUGAACCAGUGCAGCCUCUCAGUGCCAUACCAAAAGACUCGCUCAUCAUACAAUGGGGUUUAUGGUCGCUCAUCAACGCCAUCAAGUUCAUAAACACGGAUUGCGGGCUUGUACAUGGGAAUAUUACGAGAUCUUCUGUCUAUGUUACUGCUUCGGGUGAAUGGAAAUUGGCAGGAUGGGAACUAUGUUGCUCGCUACAGGAAGAUAAUCCGAUAUUCAUUGCCUCGGCGUUGAAAUGGGUUGAUGACAAGUACUUGCCUCCUGAAGUGAGGAAAGCAUCUUGGUCUAUCGUCAAGAGCAAUCCUCCUUUUGUUGUGGAUUCAUGGACAUUCGGAACGUUAAUUUAUGAAAUAUUUAAUGGAAUCCUCCCAAGACAAGAUGGUUUCUCGAAUGGAUCCAUUCCGCCACAACUACUAGGAACCUUCCAAAGACUUGUUGCUGAUGAUCCACGGCAACGACCUUCAAUGCCGUUACUUGAAACAAAUCCGUACUUUGAUCACCCAAUCGUGUAUACUGUCAAGUUUCUAGAUCAGAUAUCGCUAAAGGAAAAGCCUGAAAAGGAGGAAUUCAUCAAGCACCUACUCGCAAACGUAGAUCAACUGCCACCAGCAUUCAGGCUCCACAAAGUCCUCCCCGAAAUAGCCAAUGCAUUAGAAUUUGGUGGUAUAGGACCACCAGCUUUAAACCUCAUUAUGAAAAUGGGAAAAGCACUACCACCACCUGAAUACGAAAAACAUAUCGUUCCCAUUAUUGUCCGAGCUUUUGCUAUGCCUGACCGAUCUAUACGUGUGACAUUGUGUAAUGCGCUGACGGAUUUUGUGGAAUUGUUGCCUGAAAAUGUUGUCAAUGAGAAGAUAUGGAGUCAUUUUGCUGCUGGAUUUAUGGAUAUUCAUGCUCUGGUUAGAGAAGCUACGUUGCGGGCAAUUCUAGCAUUACUCCCGAAGCUUUCCUCCAAAAUCUUGAAUAACGAUGUGGUCAACUAUCUGGGGAAGCUUCAGAGUGACGAAGAGGCUGGAAUCCGAACGAAUGCAGUAAUAUGUCUAGGAAAGCUCGUACCAAACCUCUCUGCCUCAACACUGAAAAAGUUUUUAAUACCAGGCCUAUCUCGAGCACUCAAAGAUCCAUUCCCGCCAGCUCGACAUGCAGGUUUACUUGCCUUAACUGCAUCCAGCUCUCACAUAACAUCACCAGAUCUAGCAACCCAAAUCAUACCUGCCAUAGGACCACUGCUUAUCGAUCCUGACAAAAAGACGAGAAUGAAUGCCAUCAAAACCAUCAAUAUAUUCAUAAAGAAGCUGACUGAAGAAGCUGAAAGUAUGGUACAGCAAGUCGCGGAUGGUGGUGCUGGUACUAAUGGUGCUGUCCCUGCAGGUGUACCGAUGAAUCACUCGGCUAGUUUACCAGGUGGUCUACCGUCAACACAACCGACCAGUUAUAGUAGCAAGAAUCCACCACCACCAUCUACAAAUCCACUCGUACCAGCUGUGAUACCUUCAUAUAGUAAUAGUGUCAACAAUAGCGCCAACAAUAAUAGUAAUAACAGCUUUGGUGGGUUUAAUGGUAAUGGUAGUAGCGAGUUAACUGGAUCUUUUGGAGCUUAUGGAACUACUGUUGCUUCGAAUCCGAUAUCGUCGUUUGGUAGGAGUAAUAGUUCUUCGGCUUUGAAGACGUCGAAUUCUGGAGGGUUUAUGCCUGCUUUGCCACCGCCACCUCCUGCUCCAGCGACUAAUUUUGGGGGGACUAAUGGUGUUGGUGGAAUGUCACUGCCUAGUAAGGGGAAGAAUGGCUGGGAUGAUUUCGAUGAUUUUGAGAAUAGUGUAAUCGGUAACAACCCAGCACAAUCACGAAACCCACUACAACCAAAACCAGCAACAGUCGCCAAAAAGCCAUCACCGAAAUCAACAAGAACAUCACAAUCACAGCAGCCACCACAGCAAAACCUCUUUACUGGUCUUCCUCCACCUCCCGCUGGUCCCACAACAAGUAUCAUGCAAAAUAGUAUGGCUUAUGGCACUAGUAUGAGCACUACACCUGUGAAACCUGCCGUUUUGCCAUCUGCUUGGGAUGAUUCGUCGUGGGAUGAUAAGUUUUAA